AUGGACCUCGCGACCAGGGAAGGAAUCUCCAAUGGGCACCUGAUACACCACGGGCAUGCACCACAGAAGGGAAGUAAAGGACAGAGGUACCACGGAGACGGUCGAAAUUACUCGAAUCACAGUGCCGAUGAGUUUGAUCAAGCUGAAAAAGGUCACACCAACGGGAUGAAAAACAACCACUCCACCUCCAACAGCGGGAGGGAGAGAAGUACAGACAAGCCGCUUUCUAACGAAGAGGGUGAUGGCAAGAGCAAAUAUUUGAGCAAAGAAUAUAAAGUACACUGGAGGGAAAAGGAAAGAAUACAGAAAGUGAUUAACAAAGAGAAGGAACUAGAGAAGGAUUUUCUCAAGAGGGAAAAGGAAUGGAUCGAAUUGGAACAACAGAUUAAAAAUGACACGUACAAAGAGUGGAACAAACUUCUGCAGAUACAAAAGAAAGAUAUUGCUAAGCUCAUUGAAUCUGACUUAAAGGGGGAGCAGGAGAAUGCCCAUCUGUCUACCUCGAAGAAGAGGGAAAUGAGGAACUCGAAGAGAAAAAAAGAGAAGGAACUGGACGAUUUGGAUCGCCUCAGCGAGAUGAGGGAGGCGGAGGAGGCGCAGGAAGCGGCGAGGAGGAAGGAGCAGGCGGAGCGAGACAGGGCAGAGGCGGAGGAGGCGGCGAGGGAAGUCAACAGAGAAGCUUUCAAAGAAUCUGCCAGAGAAGCUUCUAGAGGUGCCAUAGAAACUGCCAACGAAGCCGCUAAAGACGCUCCGCCCAGGGGGGAGAACCAGGCCGAGAAGGAGAAGUCAGACCAACUUGCUGAAGACGCAACCGGGAAGGCAAACAACCAACAGGAGAGCAAAGAUAGUGGGAGUGUGUCUAAGCCCAAGAGCAGUUUUUUUAUGAAUGCCUUGUCGUUCGUUUUUGACAGGGGCAGUGAGGGUAAGGUGGAAAAGAAAGGGGACGAGGCCCUGGCUGGUGAGGCAGCGGAGGGGGAGAAGCAAGGACGCGGUACCGCCGACGAGGAAGUAGACAACGACAAUGCGGUUAACGAGGCAGUAGACAAUGCGGAGAAGACUUGUGAGGAGAACUGCGCGGAGGAAGAGGCGGAGUACACUCCCCCCGUGGAUGCGCGAACGAGCAAGCGGAAAUCCCUCCCCUCAGAACCGAUCAACAUAAAGGUGAACGAGAGAAAAAAAAAAAAAAACACAGGCUCGGAGAGCGCGAGAAGCGUAUCCACCAGGAGAGCCCUACAGAACGUGUUCAGCACCAACGAUGAAGAUGACCUGUUCGCAGGGAAAAAGAGGCCACUUGCCAAGUUGGGUGGAAAAGGUAAAGACGCGGAAGAGGGGGGGGAAUCCCCAGCAGCCGCGACAUCUGCGGCAUCCGGGGAAGAAAGCGUCCAAACCGUAGAAGUCAUAGAGAACUCGAAAAAAAUCCUAGAGAUGGUCCCCUCCAGCGAAGAGGAGAUAUUUAACUUCCCCAUUGAUUGGAAGGUCCUAAAUCAGAAGGGGAAUAUAAUUACAAAAUUGAAGCCAUGGAUAAGUAAAAAGAUAAUGGAGUAUAUAGGCUCCGAGGAGAAAGAAAUAACAGGGCAAAUUAGCGACUAUUUUGUGGAUCAGAUUUUGAAGCAGAGAGCUCCAAAGGAGAUGCUUGUUGAGGCAGAGAAGUUUCUUGAUGCAGAUGGGAAGAAGUUCAUUCUGAAUAUGUACAGGCUUAUUAUCUUUGAGCAGCUCAAGGUUACCAACGCUAUGUGA